CUCUUACCAAGAUGUGUCUAACCCGUCUGUGGGUUAUGGACGAGGCUCAAUUGGAUCUGGUGGGUGGUCAAACGAUGUGGAUUCCCAGUAACUUCCCCUUUUUCCUAUCGACAGACUGUCUUUGGUUUUUGCCAUUUGUUAUUUUUGGAAUCAUGGAGUUUCUCUGCCGAGAGGGAACUUUCAGAUUCUUGUACUCGAGAACAGAGAUCUAAUUCGGGAGACAUCUCCAGGCACAGCGGUAGCUCCGCAGCUUUCGCAAGCCCCGUUAAUUCUGACCACAGUAUGGCAUCGUUCCCCAGUAGCAGCGCAAUGACGA